AUGAAUUCAAUACAGCAAUGUCCUACUCACAAAGAAAUUUAUGUUGGAUAUAAUAUAGAGAAUUCUGAUACUGUAAGACCUAUUUGUUCUCGUUGCAUUCCUUCUCUCAGCAAGGGCUACUUUGGAGAAUAAAGAUAUCUCAAUUUCGAAUAAGCCACACAAUUACUAGAUUAAUUAAAACAAACUGGAUUAAAACAAUAUAAAUCAGAAAUACUUGAUCAACUUGAGCAGACUAUUCAUCAGUUAUAUACUCAAUUGAAAUUGCUUUAUGAUCAAAUUUCUGUAGUCUUCGAUUUAAUUAUUCAAUCAGAUCCAUAACAAGAACUUUUGGAUUCUAAAGACCACAAAUAAAUAGCUUAAGUAUUACAUGAGAAUUGCCAAUAUGAUAUUCACCAAUAAAAAUAUAAGAUUAAAUCUUAAAAUGCAAUCCAUAUCAGAUUCAAUAAAGUAAUUUCGAAGUCUUAACAUCAUAUGAAUGAAUGCUUUGACAAUAUCAGUUAAUAAAUCAAUUCACUAAAGAAAGAAGAAAUUGACUUAACUCAAUAGACAAGCAAUCAUAAACAUAAUCAUAAAAAUUAUAAGGAACUAUUUAAACUCAAUACCAAGGUUUAAUCAGUAAAAUCUAUGGCAUAUUAUGAUAAAAUGAAAUGGUUAUUUUCAGCUGAUUAGGAUAUCAAAAUAUUACAAUUUGAUCUUAGGUCAAAAUAAUUUAUCUAAGAACAUUCUGCUCACUCCGAUAGAAUCUCAGCCCUUCUAAUUGUAAACGACACCUUAAUCUCAGCUGCAAUUGAUAAAACUCUAGUCAUUUGGAAUCUAACUGGUCCAAAAAUAGAAGUAAAAAAUAAAGUUAAUACCAAAUCGACAAUUCUUCAAUUAAUAAGAUAUUAAAAUUCAUUUGCCUCAAUCAAUAGCGAUAAGGUUCUAGCAUUCUGGAAUGAGACCGCAUGUGUAAAUGAAUUAAAGAAUAAAGUUGAAAUUACUAGCAUAGACUGUAAUAAAGAUUAUUCUUAAAUUGCUAUAGGAUAAAUUGAUGGAAUUAUUAGAAUUAGAAAAGAAAAAUUUAACAUUAAAUUAGAAAGUCAUUUUGAUUGUAUCAAGGCACUUAAAUUUAUAAAUGAAUCAUAUCUAGUUUCAGGAGGAUGGGAUAAAUAGAUUAAAAUAUGGAUGGAAUUGAAAAAUGGAGAUUAUAGUUGUAUUUAAACUAUUUACGAUCAUAAUUCAUAUAUCAACUUUAUAGAUUAUGUAGGAGGAUAUCUCAUAUCUACAGAUGAUGAGAAGAUUAUUAAAAUUUGGUAUUAAGAUAAAUAAUGGAAAGAACACUCGUAAAUAGGUCGAUAUUCUUUAGUGACAGCUAUUCAUACUUAUCAAAGAAUUUGUUUCUUAGGAUUUGAUGAUUCCUCAAUUUAAUUGCUUUAGUUUAAUUGA